CAUUAAAUUUUAGGCGUUCUCAAAUCGUAAAAUUUGAUACAUAGAAACUGUGGAAAAUUUGCAAAUGUGCAUUUAAGUAAAAGCUAACGUAAUUGGUAGCUGGCCGAAGAUAUGCUGAGCCAAGUUAUAAUGCUUAAGAUUUAAUCAACCCGUGCUUGAGAAAUUAUUUGACAUUCAAAAACAAAGGACAAAAUGGGCGAUGUUGAUCCAGAAACACUCCUGGAGUGGUUGUCUAUGGGCCAGGGAGAUGAGAGAGAUAUGCAACUGAUUGCCUUAGAGCAAUUAUGUAUGCUGCUUUUAAUGUCAGAUAAUGUUGAUCGUUGCUUUGAAAGUUGCCCUCCUCGCACAUUUUUACCAGCUUUGUGCAAAAUAUUUUUAGAUGAGCUCGCACCAGAAAAUGUGCUCGAAGUGACAGCACGCGCCAUUACUUACUAUCUAGAUGUAUCAGCGGAGUGCACACGCCGUAUUGUAGCCAUCGAUGGUGCUAUUAAGGCCAUUUGCAAUCGUUUGGUGGUCGCGGAUCUAUCGUCCCGCACCUCUCGCGAUCUUGCCGAACAAUGUAUUAAAGUUCUGGAACUCAUUUGCACACGUGAGGCAGGCGCUGUCUUUGAUGGCGGCGGCUUGAACUGCGUGCUAACUUUUAUUCGCGAUUGUGGCUCGCAAGUGCACAAGGAUACCUUGCAUUCGGCCAUGGCUGUAGUGUCGCGUCUAUGCACCAAAGUUGAACCCAAUUCGCCUUGCAUUGAGAAUUGUGUGGAAAGCCUCAGCACCUUGCUGCAGCAUGAGGAUCCCAUGGUGGCGGAUGGCGCAUUAAAAUGCUUUGCUUCGGUGGCAGAUCGUUUUACCAGAAAGUGGGUGGAUCCUGCACCGCUAGCAGAGUAUGGCUUGGUUAAGGAGCUAUUGAAACGCCUGGAGAAUGCAGGCGGCGGCACGAACAGUAAUCUUCUAUCCACACCCAAGUUGGGCGCACCUCAGCCCGUGAGGAGCAAUGCGGACAGAGCAAAUGAGAAUGUUACAGCAAAUGCAAGCAAUAAAGUUCAGUCCACUGAUGCAGUGCGCUCUCCGCAAUCUAUAUCCACUACAAUCUCAUUGCUGUCGACGCUUUGCCGCGGCUCCCCAGCUAUAACGCGUGAUAUUUUGCGCUCUCAGCUACCCGAUGCUAUAGAGCGUGCACUUAAAGGCGAUGAGCGUUGCGUGUUGGACUGCAUGCGAUUUGCCGAUCUCUUGUUGCUUUUGUUAUUCGAAGGGCGUCAGGCGCUGAAUCGCGGUGCUAGCUGCAGUCAAGGACAGUUGGCGCCGCGUCCAAAGCGCACAGACUCAAAUACAGAUCGCACACACAGGCAGCUCAUCGAUUGCAUACGCUCCAAGGAUACGGAGGCUCUGCAGGAGGCAAUCGAAACCUGCGGCGUUGAUGUCAACUGCAUGGAUGAUGUUGGCCAGACGCUUUUGAAUUGGGCAUCUGCUUUUGGCACGCUGGAAAUGGUGGAAUAUCUGUGCGAAAAGGGCGCGGAUGUUAAUAAAGGACAGCGCAGCUCUUCGCUGCAUUAUGCUGCCUGCUUUGGGCGUCCGGGCAUAGCGAAGAUUUUACUUAAAUUUGGCGCUUAUCCGGAUCUACGCGAUGAGGAUGGCAAAACACCGUUGGAUAAAGCACGCGAACGCUCCGACGAUGGACAUCGUGAAGUUGCGGCUAUACUCCAAUCCCCUGGCGAAUGGAUGUCCUCAGGAAAUAUGCUGGCCAACAAGGAUGGGCAAACAUACACUAUGAUUGAGCCACGUGGUGAUCCCGAAAUGGCGCCCGUUUAUCUAAAACUGCUGCUGCCCAUACUCUGUCGCACCUUCCAAGGCACCAUGUUGGGCAGUGUGCGACGCGCUAGCAUGGGCCUGAUUAAAAAGAUUGUACAGUAUGCUCAUCCAACUGUGCUCAAGAGUCUGUGCAAAAAAUCCACGGAUGAGGCCACCACAUCAGUUGCAGCGCAAAAUGUGGGUAACUUGCUUACUGAAGUUAUUGCGAGUGUUUUGGAUAGCGAGGAUGACGAAGAUGGGCAUUUAGUAAUUUUAAACAUAGUCGAGGAGCUUAUGUGUAAGACUCAGGAGGAGUUUCUCGAGCAUUUUGCCCGACUGGGCGUUUUUUCAAAAGUUCAGGGUCUUAUGGAUCCCGAGGCAGAUACACAGCUAACAACAGCAGCAGCUGCGACACCAGUUGCAGUUGCAUCUCCGGAGUUGCCUGCAGGUCCAAGAUGCUCCAGCUUGUGCAUGCCACAAAGAAACUCGCCAGAUGAUUCGAUAGAGGAUGCUAAGGAGAUUCUACAAGGCAAGCCCUAUCAUUGGCGUGACUGGAGCAUUUGUCGUGGACGCGACUGUUUGUAUGUGUGGUCGGACUCGGCUGCUUUGGAGCUGUCCAACGGCUCAAAUGGCUGGUUCCGCUUUAUACUGGAUGGCAAGCUGGCCACCAUGUACUCCAGCGGUAGCCCGGAGAAUGGCAAUGAUAGUUCUGAAAAUCGUGGUGAGUUCUUGGAGAAACUAGUGCGCGCACGGUCCAGCGUAGCUGCUGGCACACCCUCGCAACCCAUAUUGCCCACAGUCUGUGUCCUGCGACUUGUUGAUUUUAAAAUCCCGAAUCAGCUUGCAAUACACAACACGAAAGGUCAUUAGGUGCACUAUAUUGCAGGAGAAAUUGCAGGGAUCAUAUUUGAAAAGCAACAGGCAACAAAACACCUACUUUCCACCGCCGAGACCCGUUCGAGCUUGCGCAGACUUCGCUUAUCCGGCUGGUUCCACAGAGAAAAAGAAAGCUUGCAAUUAAAUCCAAAACUACUUGAAUUGUGCUAUAAAGAGAAUACAGAAAGUCGAAUUUACAGAGAGCGCACGAGGUGUAUAAAUACAAUUUCAAUUUUCAAGUGCGAGCCAAGAUGUGCACGUGGCGCCUGUGAGUGAAUCUCUACGCAACUAGAGUUAAGCAAAUAACAAUUUGGGGCAUAUAGAAGAAGCAACGUGCACGGAGGCAAAACAACUAGGCGCAUACUUGAGACAGCCUUGACCAAUCUAUCGCAGCUUAUACAUGAGGACGGCGUUGUGAGCGCCUAUGAAAUGCAUUCCUCGGGGCUAGUGCAAGCCUUGGUUGCCGUGCUGUCGAACAACUACUGGGAAACGAAUCUCUCUAGAUGCAAGACCAAUCAAAUGCUGAAGCAGCGCAUUGAAAUCUUCAAGAAAUGCAUUUUCGAGCCAGGCAGCGAUGACAAAAAGAACACCGCGAGCAUGUUAAUACAAAAGCUGGUGGCUGUGCUGGAGAGCACAGAGAAGCUGCCCGUUUAUCUCUACGAUGCACCAGGCACAGGCUACGGACUGCAGAUCUUGCAGAAGCGCCUGCGCUUUAGGUUGGAGCGUGCUGCCUGCGAGAGCACGCUCUUUGAUCGCACUGGACGCACUUUGAAAAUCGAGCCCCUUGCAACAGUGGGACAAUUGGCUAAAUAUUUACUCAAAAUGGUGGCUAAACAAUGGUAUGAUCUGGAGCGUUCCUCGUAUUUAUUCUUGAAAAAACUACGCGACGCAAAUCAACAGUUCACACACACUUUCGACUUUGAUGAGGAGGGUCUUAUGUUCUACAUUGGCACCAAUGCCAAGACCUGCGAUUGGGUCAACCCAGCACAGUACGGCCUGGUGCAGGUCAGCAGCUCUGAGGGCAAAACACUGCCCUAUGGCAAGCUGGAGGAUAUUUUGUCGCGCGACAGCGUCUCGCUUAAUUGUCAUACAAAGGAUAAUAAGAAAGCCUGGUUCGUUAUAGAUUUGGGUGUCUAUAUUAUACCCAGCGCUUAUACCUUGCGCCAUGCACGCGGCUAUGGACGCUCGGCUCUGCGCAAUUGGCUGCUGCAGGCCUCCAAGGAUGGCGUCAGCUGGAUAACCUUGAUUACGCAUGUGGAUGACAAGAGCCUGGUGGAGCCGGGCAGCACGGCCACUUGGCCCAUUGUCUGCGCUGCUGAGGAGACCAAAGGCUAUCGUCAUAUAAGAAUACAGCAAAACGGACGCAAUGCUUCGGGACAAACGCAUUAUCUCAGUCUGAGUGGCUUUGAAAUCUACGGCCGUGUGCUGGGCGUUUGCGAUGACAUUGGCAAGACGCUCAAGGAAGCGGAGGCCAAGACCAGGCGAGAGAGGCGUCAGAUACGUGCGCAGCUGAAGCAUAUUACCAGCGGCGCUAGAGUAGUGCGUGGCGUUGACUGGCGCUGGGAUGACCAGGAUGGUGUGGGCGAGGGCACCAUAACGGGCGAGAUACACAAUGGCUGGAUUGAUGUCAAGUGGGAUCAUGGUGUGCGCAAUUCCUAUCGCAUGGGCGCCGAGGGCAAGUACGAUUUAAAGUUGGCCAACUUUGAGAACGUUUCAGUGUUUGAGGGCGUGAAUGCAAUGCCACCCAAGAAGGUAGACAAAUCGCAUGCGCUAACAUCGCGUAAAUCGAGCUCCACGCCAUCGCUGCCCGAGGCCACAGAGAUAAAUCGCAAUGCAGAUGAGGCCUCCAAUCAAACUGUGUCCGCAGACAAUCUUGCAUGGAAACAAACUGUGGAGACCAUUGCCGAGAAUGUUUUUGUUCAAGCUAAAUCCCAAAUAGCUGCAAGUCAGGCGCAAGCAGAGCAGCUGAAUAGCGAAAGCAGCUCGGAGCAAACUCUGGCGCCCAAAUCGAAUGCGCCCUCUCCCUUGAUACGCGAACUGGAGCAUAUAGCAGAUCUCUCCAACAUAAACAACUCCAUGCCGGCCAUAAAUGCCAACAUAGCCGCUGACCUGGCCACCAUAACCGAAGGCUUGAGCAUUACAGAUAUUUCCAAGCAGCACAACACAGCCAAACCUGCUGAAGCGAGGGUAGGAGAGGCUGCUGCCCAGAAGCGCGCGACCAACUUGGAAGAAAAUAAUAAAAUGAAUGCAACAAAUGCGGUAAAUAAUCUGGCCAAAGGGCUGCUCAUCAAUUUGCGUCAGAGUGCAGCUAGCGUAGGAGCAGGCGCGGCAGCUGGCGCAGCACAGUUGCCCAGUGAGACGCGUGAGAUGCUGGAUAAGAUGCGUGAUUGUGUGGACAUGAUGCGCAACAAUACCAACAACAUACUUUCAGCAGAUGAGCCACAACAGUCGCAGUCGCAAUCACAGGCUCCGGCAGCAGCAGCAAGAGCCAAUGUGUCUGGUGGAGCAACUGCAGCAAAGGGAAAUGCCAAGAUGUUAAUACAGCCGGGUACUUUGCAAAAGAGUGAAUCAAAUGCAGCUGCCGUGGAGCAAUUGAAAGCAGAUGAAACUCCAGCUGUCUCCGGUUAUCAAGCGCAGGAGAACAUAAUGUCCAAUGAAGCUGUCUCAGUGUCCAAUCAAAUGAGCAUUAGCGUGCCCAACCUAACCACCACAUCAGCUGCGGAGGCCAACUCCUCCAACGAAGUGGCCGUGCACACCGGAUUCAUGGAAACAUUUGCAGCGAUUGCCCGUCGUCGCACCUCGCAGGACACAAGCAACGAGAGCAACCAGUUGAACAAUGCGCAUGUGCAUAAAAAUGAGCACAGCAAUCAAGCUGUUGCCGCCAGUUCCUUCUUUCCCCGUGGCCCCAACUCAGUGACCAGCUUGGUGAAGCUGGCCUUGUCCAGUAAUUUCCAUUCGGGCUUGCUAAGCACUGCGCAAAGUUAUCCCAGUUUGUCAUCCAACAAUGGCUCCAAUGCAUCCGCAAAUGCUGCCAACAUGAAAGCCAGUCAGCAGCCCACAUCCAGCAUAAAUCCCACACUUACCAUGAGCUUGACUUCUACGUCGAGCGACAGCGAGCAGGUGUCGCUUGAGGAUUUCUUGGAGAGCUGUCGUGCGCCUACUAUGCUGGGCGAUAUGGAGGAUGAGGAUGAUAUGGAUGAGGAAAACGAUGAAGAGGAGAAUGAGGAUGAGUAUGAGGAAGUGGGCAACACGCUGCUGCAGGUCAUGGUCUCCAGAAAUCUGUUGACCUUUAUGGAUGACGAGUCGCUGGAGAAUCGAUUGGCAGGCGUGAGCAAGCGCAAGUCCUGGGAUGAUGAGUAUGUGCUCAAGCGGCAAUUCUCGGCGCUAAUUCCAGCAUUUGAUCCGCGUCCCGGACGCACCAAUGUCAAUCAGACUACAGAUUUGGAAAUAUGUCCACCAGAUGCGCAAUUAGAAGCAGCGCAGCAAACGGGACAGGUGCAGCUGGAGCAGACAACGCUGGGUUUGAAGCUACGUGGCCCUGGCAUGGGUGGCAUACCCGAUGUGGAAAUUGAUUUGGAAAAUAGCGACUGGACUAUAUUCCGUGCUGUGCAGGAGCUGCUCCAAAGCAGUCAGCUGAACAAGAAUGACAAAUUCCGCAAGUUAUGGGAGCCCACCUACACCAUCGUUUAUCGUGAGGUUAGUCCAACAGCAGAGGAGCACACUUAUUUGGAAACGGAUGAAGGACAAAAUACGCCGGGCGUCUCAUCCAGAAGUGGCGCUUCCACCUUGUCGCCCAACUCACCCGUACAUGGCGGUCUCAGCUUGAAUGAUAAUAAUCUAUGCUCCGUCGAGGAUGUGCUGGAUUUGCUGACCCAAAUCAAUGGCUUGAAUCAAAAGGAUAUUGAAUUGCAGCAGGUUGUUGAUCACACUUCGUUGCUUCCCGCUGAGCUGUUUAUGAGCAAAAAGAUAACAAACAAAUUGCAGCAGCAAAUACAUGAUCCUCUCGUGCUCUCCAGCAAUGCGCUGCCCAACUGGUGCGAGGAUCUCAACCAAAGCUGUCCGUUUUUGUUCCCAUUCGAGACCAGACAAUUGUAUUUCAAUUGCACAGCCUUCGGGGCCUCACGCAGCAUUGUCUGCUUGCAAUCUCAGCGCGACAUUUCCGUGGAACGCCAAAGAAUACCCAUUAUGAGUCCUAGGCGCGAGGAUCAGCAUGACUUCCGCGUGGGACGCUUGAAGCAUGAGCGUGUCAAAGUGCCGCGUAAUAAGGACUUACUAAAAUGGGCCAUGCAGGUCAUGAAGGCGCAUUGCAAUCGCAAAUCUGUUUUGGAGGUGGAGUUUUUGGACGAAGAGGGCACGGGACUGGGACCAACGCUCGAGUUCUAUGCGCUGGUGGCAGCUGAAAUACAACGCUCUGAUCUAUGCAUGUGGCUCUUUGAUGACGAGCUGGCAACUGAGGAUAAGCAUGAUACCCAAGUGGAGCCAGACCUUAAACCCAUAGGCUAUUAUGUUAACAGGCGUGAGCACGGACUGUUUCCCGCACCUUUGCCCCAACAAUCGGAGCUAUGUGAAAGUGUUUGCAAGUAUUUCUGGUUCUUUGGCGUUUUCAUAGCCAAGGUGCUGCAGGAUAUGCGCCUUGUGGAUAUGCCGUUGUCCAAAUCGUUUUUGCAAUUGCUUUGCCACAACAAAGCGUUAACGCGUAGCGACAUUAAACUCAAGUCGGAUAAUUCGACGCCAGCUGCUCUACGCGCCAUUGUUUACGCAGUACAGAUCUUACUAUCCUUGACCUCCAACUAAUGCGCAUCCAACUGGUUUGUGCAUAUCAGCAUGGAACUCAAGGAAUCGAUCCUACACGCUGUCAGUUAUAAUUGAGUGGCAGGAUUUGUUGCAGCGCAGCAACAUUAAUUGGUGUAGCUUAACUGUGAACAAGUUGAAUGAUUGGUUUCAGUGCUGACAAGAAUAAUAUUGAGUUCUUUGGAGGAUUUGGCGUAACAUUUUACUUACUUGCCAGUGUGCGUUUUGCUAUGAUAUGCCGAGUCUUUGCCCAUGGCGCUCGGUGAAGUCAUUAAUAAUCUGGAGGCGUAUUGCGAACUCCUGCUCAACUUUAUGUUACACGAUGGCAUUGCCAAGCAAAUGCAGGCCUUUCAUGAUGGUUUUUGUGAAGUGUUCCCUCUGAACAAGCUGGCCGCAUUCAAUCCGACGGAGGCACGCAUGAUGAUAUGCGGUGAUCAGUGCCCGCAGUGGAGCCGUGAGGAUCUGAUGGCAUAUACUGAGCCCAAAUUAGGCUACUCUAAAGACAGCCCCGGAUUUUUACGUUUUGUUAACGUACUUUUAAGCUUAACGGGUCCUGAACGCAAAGCCUUUUUGCAAUUUACCACAGGCUGUAGCAGUCUACCUCCAGGCGGUUUGGCCAAUUUGCAUCCUCGACUCACAAUCGUGCGGAAAGUCGACGCUGGACAGGGUAGUUAUCCAUCGGUUAAUACGUGUGUCCACUAUUUAAAGCUUCCUGACUAUCCGUCCGAGGAGAUAUUGAAGGAACGCUUGCUGACCGCAACUAAGGAGAAAGGCUUUCAUUUGAAUUAAAAUAAUUUCUAUUUUCAUUGUAAUGUUAACACACACAAUAUGAACUUGUUUUUGAGUUUUGAAAUAAUUUUUAAACUCUGUAAAUACUAAACGUUCUAUGAAUUAACAAUUCCAUAUAUUGUCCGAAAUAUUGUUACAGAUAAAUUAUUUAAAAAUUUAAAAUGAUCCAAAUUACUCACGCAUAGUUUGAGGUCUCCCUUAGCACAUACAUACAUAUACUUAAACAUAUAUAUAUAUACAUAUAUAAUAAUAAUAAUAUGCCUAUCGUAUUGAAUAGCACUCUGAAGUUUUCAAAACAAUUAUAUUUGUAGGUUGCUUAAAUGUUGUUUAUUCUUAUAUCACUAACAUAUUUAAAGAAAACCAACAAUGCUUCGAAUAGACCCAAAAACGUUAAACGGACACAUCGAUUUCGUUUAUUAAUAAAAAUG